GGAUGACAGGCAGAAGCAUCAGUCAAAGAGCAGAUAUCAGCUAUGUUGGUGACGAUUCUGCCAUUUGUUCUAAUUGCGAAUAUCACUGUCGAUGAUGUCCAUCGACAGUCCGAAUGGACGACGUACGGUCCGGAAUGCACGUACGACGUUCUCGUCAACAUGUCCCUGGCCAACAUCGUUGAGGAAAACGACAAUUUCUGCGCUAUGAUUGCCACCGAGCUCAAGUGCCGGGCCAAGGGAGACGACAGUCUGAGCUGUCACUUCGAGAACUCCCGGAUCAAACGUCCCGAACCGCAGGACAACAGGUGCUCGAACGCUAAGGAUUUUGUACCCACGAGAUACAAGUUCGUGGGCGACGAGCCCUUCGAGAUCAGGUUCAAUUCGAGGGGCAUCGAGAAUCUGGUGGUGCACAGGUCGAUUCCUAGAUGGAGGCUUGACAUGAUCAAGGUCAUAGCCAGCCAGCUAAACGUCGGUUUCGAAAUGCAGGAACAUCGGGAUAGAUUCACUAUUAUGGAAAAUUCGACAGUGGGCCACUGCGAGGUCGACGUUAAGAUCAUCCGCGCGAAUUCGGACUCCGAAGAUGGUGACGACGAUUCCGCGGAGAACGGCAAGAACUUUGAGAUCGGACUCAUGCCGUCGAACAAAGACUUUGCGCAUUUCUCAGCGUUGGAGAGACUCCAGAUAGAAAAGAUCCGACAGCCGAAAAGAUGCCCGCGUAGAACGAUAUACUUCUUUGGAAAUCACGAAGAUUACAGUCAUGGUAACAGGCAACUUUACAUGGAUAUGACUACUUCCAGCAGUCAUAUGACGAUCUCAAGCGACAGAUUCGUAUCCUACACGAUAUCGGAAGGCGUAAUGAAAACGGCAAAUAAGUCGCAGAUUAUGCGACCCUAUCAAAAGAUAAGUCUGAAGCUGAAGAGAAUAGAUUCUGCCCGAUCUUCACUGCCAGAGAUCCAAGAUCCGGCCUCGACGAGUCUGUUCGCUUUCUCAAAUCUGCAAACUGUUACGGAGGAUGCUGCGAUGAAGUAAAUUUAUGUAGAUUGUUUCACAAAUUUAUAUGUGAAACUUAGAUACAAAUAAUAUUCCCAUACUAAUCAAUAUUUCAUAACAAUGACGUUUCUAUUUGUAAUUCAACGUCAUUCUAUAAAAAGUGCAUUAUUGAAAAAAAAUAUAUAUAUAAUCUGUAAGAUACGCAUACUAUUGUUUAAUGUAUUCGUGCUUUACAAACCAUUCAAUAUAAUUAUUACAACGGAUUGUUUAAAGCAAGAAUAACGCAGUUACAUAUUGGAAAAUUCACGUUAAUUCUUCCAACGCCAGCGCUUCUCAAUUGCUAAGUGUCCUCGCUAUAUUAACUCUUCCUCCUUCUCGCUCUCAGCGAUCGUCAUAACACAUUUAGAGAACUGAACUAAGCUCGUGCGUAAAGUGACUUCUACUUAGCAAAUUUCUCCAAGAAACGUUUGCGAUUGUAAA